GCCUUGAUAUGUCAAGAUGAAGGUUUGGUUCCCAUCGUCGAGCCGGACAUCGUCAUGAAAGGUGAACAUGACUUGGAGACAGCCAUGGCGGUGAACAUCGAAGUUCAGUCGACCCUUUACAAGGCGAUGUUGGAGCAUGGCGUCUACAUGGAAGGGACGAUCCUCAAGACGAAUUUGGUGAAUCCUGGACUGUCCUGUGACACGGACUACAGCGUGGAAGAGUAUUCUGUGAUGACUUCCUUUUGA